AAUUUAUUGUUUUUUUUUUUUAUUAAACAAAAAAAAAAAAAAACGAAAAUAACCCAGAAAAAUUUAUUUAUUGUUUAAGUGGCAAGGCAAUUUAAGCCGACGAAUGACAACUACACUAAUAAAGUGGACUUGGCUGGGCGGGGGUUCUAUUUGAGAUAUUAAAAACAAUUUUUUUUUUUGUUUUAUUCGUUCGUUCGUUCGUUCGAUCCCUCUGUGAUUUCAAUGUGAAAAAGACUUAAUUAAGAGAGUUUUCCCCUCGAUAUACACAAUAUAAUACACUCCCAAAUGCACCUCCUAAUAUCAUUGCCUUUGCCAUUAUUAUCUUGUGACGACAGAGAAUCUUCUCCUUUAAUCAAAUAAAAAGGUAUCGAUCAUCUCAGUGGGGGAGGGAGUGGCGCUGGCUAGCGUAGAAUUUCUUUAAAGAGAUCAUUUUUGGAUCUUCAAAGUGAAGCUAUAAUCAUCAUCAUCAUCUUUAUCAUUAUUCUACUAAAGUGCAGAAAGAAAGAAUUUUCUUUUUGUUUAAAUAUACGAAUAAAAUCUGUCGAUGCUUUGGAAAAAGUUGAAUUAAUUUUUCGGACUAAAACGACCCGACCCGGCUUCCCAUUGCCCAUUGGAUGACAAGUUUCCUGAUGUUUCUUCGUUUUAUUUAUUUAAAACUGUGAAUUUGUUAGAUUAUUGUUAUUAUUUUUUUUUUUUUUGUUCAAAGCGCUUGUCUAGAUAGUUCCAUAAUAUGGCAACGUUUGAUGCUUUUGAUCGAAAUAGUUGGUAUUUUGGACCAAUGUCACGACAAGAUGCUACCGAAGUCCUUAUGAAUGAACGUGAAAGAGGUGUAUUUCUAGUACGCGAUAGUAAUUCAAUUCGCGGUGAUUAUGUGUUAUGUGUUCGGGAAGAUACCAAAGUCAGCAAUUAUAUUAUCAAUAAAAUUCAACAACAAGAUCAAAUAGUCUUUAGGAUUGGUGAUCAAUCAUUUGACGAUUUACCCGAGCUAUUGACGUUUUAUAAAUUACAUUAUUUGGAUACCACACCAUUGCGUCGACCAGCACCAAGAAAACAAGAAAAAGCCAUAGGAAAAUUUGACUUUGAAAGUAAUGACCAUGAUGAUUUACCAUUUCGACGUGGAGAGAUAUUAACAAUAAUUCGCAAAGAUGAAGAUCAAUGGUGGACAGCAAGAAAUGCUUUGGGACAAAUUGGACAGAUUCCAGUACCUUAUGUACAAAAGUAUAAUGAAAAUGCGGAAGACAAUAGUAUAGAACGUCCAAGUUCUGGAGGAAGUGGCUGCGGCAAUAUCAUAAGCGCAACAAAUUCAAUCUCAAGAACGAGAGUUUUAAGCGGAUGUAGCACUGUAGGAGGUGGUGGCGGUGGUGGUGGUGGUGGAGGUGGUGUUGGUAGUGUUGGAAGUGCCGGUAUUACUCUUCAAAGUUCACAUCAAUUGGGCAAUGCCUUGAAGAAAUCCGAUUUAAACCGCAAGCUACCUGCUUAUGCUCGUGUGAAACAAGCUCGAGUACCGAAUGCCUAUGAUAAAACCGCCCUCAAACUAGAAGUUGAUGACAUUAUUAAAGUAACCAAAACAAAUAUCAAUGGUCAAUGGGAAGGUGAACUGAAAGGCAAGAAAGGUCACUUUCCGUUUACUCAUGUUGAAUUCAUUGACAACGAAGCUGAUACGCUUAAAUGUAGCACAAGUAAUAACUGCAGCAAUAAUGUACCAAAUUCUAAUGAUUGGGGUGAAUAAGAUAUAAACAACUAGCAAGUGGCCGUUAAAACCAAAAAUUUAAGAAAAAAAUCAAAAAACAAAAUAAUUUCUUCAAUGAUUUUGCCUACAUGAUAAAUG